AUGACUUCAGAGUACAUGGGUCUUGCACGAUCGAUUCUCUUCUAUGUAGCAAUAGUAGAUGUGAUCACCUUUAAUGGAGUUUGUGUAGAAGCAGCUGUUAAGCUUACCAACAUAAAAUGUGUAGAGUUCGAUAGGCCAUUCGCUUCUUUCAAUGACUGUCGUCUGAAAAUUAUUCAACGCGGUAUAGUGGCGCUCAACCUACAUGUCGUGCUUCAUCAGGUUCCUGUAAAUAAUGUCAGCGUUAAUGUUAAUCUUUUCAAGAAAGCAAGUGGCUAUCGUCCAUUUCUUUAUAACAUCACAGCAGAUUUUUGCGAGUUUAUGGCUAAUAGGAAACGUUUCCCGGUGCUCAAUAUUGUUUUGAACAGUUUUACUAAAAGCUCAAACAUCAAUCACACAUGUCCUUAUAAUCACGACAUUAUUGUGAAGAAUUUCGUUGUGAAAGAUUCACAUCUGAAAUAUGCGCCCUUGCCGACUGGUGACUAUCUAAUAAAAAUAAUAGUUGGAGCCUACAACGAUUGGAAGGCCGAUGUUAAAGUCUACCUUCAAGUUAUCGAAAUUAAUAAUUAG